AUGCCUGAAGGUUAUUAUUAUUAUGGUGCUUCUGCUGGACGAGAAUGGUUCAUUGAUCCACGAAAUAAAUUUCAUGAUCGUAGUAUAACUGCUGAACAAUUACAAUUUCUUGAUAAAGUAUACGAUAUUAUACAGGAACUUUUAAAUACUCCAGAGUAUAAAUAUUUCAAAUGUAUUGGAUCAGGUUUACAGAAACAUUAUGGACAUAUAACUAUUGCACAUCAAGACAUUUAUAAUUCAGUACCAAUUCAACAAUCGAAUGCUCUUUUGAAGAAAAUUAACGAAAUUGUGAAUGAAAUAGAUGGAAUGCGACGAUCAUUGGUAGUAAAUCAAGGAAGUACCGAUAUUAAAAUAUAUCUAAAGAAUUCCAAUGGAAUAGUCUUUAAUAAAGGUCAUGGUAUUGCAUUAUUAGUUGAGAAUAUUCGUUGUAAAUUAUCUGAUGGUAAUAUUUUGGUAUGUGGUGAUAGCGAAUCUGAUUUACCAAUGGUCGAAGUAUGCUUAGGACGUAAUCCACGUAAUGUUUAUACAAUUUGGGUUACAGAACGACAAGAUUUGAAACAAAAGGUAAGAUCAUUAUGCAGUCGAUACGGUAAUAAAAAUGUUGCAUUCGUAUCAUGUCCCGAAGUGUUACUUGGUGCGAUGGCCCAAGCAACAAUACGUGAAAUUAGCAUUAUUAGGCCACGUCAUAAAUUGCCAAGUAAAAGCAUUUAAUCCUCAAAUGAAACUUGCAUUUUCAUCAUUUUGUACCACAAAAUUUAUAAAUAUUUCCAUUGAAAAAAGAAAAAG